AUGGAAACAGUGGUAGUAGUUGUGUUGGUGUUGAUCUUUGCACCAAUUAUUAUAUAUAUAGUCGUGUGUUUUGUACGAAGCAAUUGGCAGGAGAAGGAGCGGCCCGCGGCCGUGACCGAGCCUCGUGUGCCUCCUCCUCGGCCGGUGUACCUCGACGUGAAGAGAGGCGAUGAUAAGGCGGCAGGCAAGGAUGGUGGCAUGGUUGUUCUUGGAGUAGGCGCGGCUGUUGCUGCCACGGUCACCACAACAGCUGUUGUCACUGGCGGAGGAGGCUGCGGUGGCUCCGGAGAUAGUGGUGGUGAUGGUGGGGGUGGUUGUGGAGGCUGCGGCGGCGGCUGUGAUUGA